UGACGUAGACUGCAUCUGAUGUGACUGAGGUUAUAACCUCAGUCACGUACUAAUAUUCACCUCAAGGUAGUACUAGUCAGUACUAGUCAAGUACUAAUAUUCACCUGACCUAACCUAUAGGUUAGGUCAGGUGAAUAUUAGUACUGGUUCUGGUGCAAGUCUUACGUUAGCCCUACGCAAGUUACGUCUCACAGGGCCUAGCGUGAAGAGGUUCAUUUUUCGCACUCGUUUCGAAAGUUCGUGUUUCAAAACUGCCGCUCAUGUGUCGUCUGCUAUGUUGUUUUGUACAUUUUUAGCUUUUUGCCUGCCAAAGUUUUGCGUUGUUUGCAAUACGUUUAUUAAUUACGUUCGUAAUACCCAAAAAAGGCUGUAAAAUAUAAGGAUUCCGUUUCGCAUUUCUAUCAGUUUCCGUGUUCAUUGUUAGUGGCGCUGAAGUAGUGGGAUCGUGGUAGAAUAUAGAUAGCCGGAUUGCUCCGUUUUGAAAAAGUAAUUUUCGUAAAACAUAUUUUAAAAACUGCGUAUUUUUAACAUACUUUGGUUCGUAAAUUCGGAGAUUGUCUUCAAAUAGUUGAGAAGCAGCGCAUAUUUGGCUUUUCUUGUUUUUUCUGUUCGAAAAGGCCGCGGCAUCGUUGCUAAAGUAUAUCCGUUUUUUGUAAAUGCGGAAAUUAGAAUCAAUUUCUAAACUCGCAAUUUCAGAACGGUGACGUCACGAAGAGCGCCGUGAAGUCAUGGCAGCGUGGCAACAUUGCCCUUCGCCGCGGCUUCCGAGUGGGCUUCUGAGCUGGCUUCUGAGCCACAGCAAUCCAUUGUAGUGGGUAACUGUUUCGCGCUUUCAGGAAAAGGCUACUAUUUUGGUCAUUUUCGUCGCAUAUUUACUUUGUCACUCGCUGGUAGCACUCCCCAGUGAUGCCAGGUCACAAGUGCGUGUAUUGUGGAAGGUCGAGCACGAGAAACCCGUCGCUAAGAUUCCAUAAGUUUCCGCGUAAUACGGAGCUCCGCGCUCAGUGGAUAGAAGCGUUGUCGCAGCAUGUCAAGCAAGCCGUGCCUCAAGAUACGAAUAUGGCUCCGUUGCUUUGCUCCGAUCACUUUACACCGGAGUCAUACCAUUACAAUGUUGAUUUGAAGGCAAUGCUGGGGUUUUCGGCGAAAUGUAGCCGCCUGAAGCCGGGUUCUGUCCCCACCGUAUUUCUGAAGGACUGCACCGAUCAGCACCGCAGUACACUAUCGCCGAACAGAGAAGUGGAGGAGGAAUCCAUCACCGCUUCUUCUGCUGCACCUGAGGGGUAUCCAUGUACAGCUUAUGCAGGUAGUAUCCACGACAUGUGCUAUGAAGAGGUUGUGGACAGCGCAGAUGUCCACGAUGAAGCUUCAGAGCUGACAGAAGUAGUGGAUAUGCAGUCCUGUCAGUCUGGUGCAGCACUGACGUCGAGCCACAUUGACCUGUUGAGCAAGAUAGAAGAAUCGGAUGUUGUGACAGAUUACGAGAUGUUCUUUGGCAAGGUGGUCACUCUCAGUCUUCCAUUUCGGAUGUCACUAGGAAUCGACGCAGCCGUGCAGACAGAGCAGUUCACGGCCACUGCUGCCACUUCCACCUCCGGCGUCUCAGCUGCUUCGAUGCAAACAGAUAUUAGCUUUCCAGUGACAUCAUCACCAAUCAGUAGCGACUGCGAGUCUGAGCUCGAACCCUCUUGAGCUGCUCCUCUUCUGUAAAGCCAAGCAAUGACAUCUCUUUCGUGGAUCUCCGCAAGACGCUGGCUUAUGAAAGUUCCGUCGGAGACAGCAUCCCUUAUGUUUGAACAAUGUCUGUUCUUUGGGGCCUGCAGUGUGUGCCUCGUACGAGAGACCCGAGGAACUGUGGGAUGUGCAUCGCGGUACGUGCCACUUGCAGCAAUGGCCGUAUGUUUCUGUGGGAAAGCCACCCUCUACUGCGGAAGAAGACACUUGGGCAGUGAAGGAAGACCUUGCUGCUGGAAUCCUCUUCUCAGGCGUUUGUUCCACGAAGACUCUGAGAAAAUAGAUAGCCGUGGCUGCAGAUGCCUCAUCAUUUUAUGAACAGCAAUGCAAAUGGUAUGACAAUGGGAUUCCUUAUUGACAGAAUACACAGAGCUACUUGAGACAGCUGGAGACUGAAGGGCACUUUCUUGGACAUCAACAAAGAGAAAUGAUGUGCGUAGAAGUGGCGCAGAAUCUGGCGUCGCAUAGCAAAUUGUCAUUUUGCAUCAUGGGAACGGUAGACCUUUUCCUGCGGAAGACAGCAGGGUCUCCUCAUCACGUGCAGUCACAUCAACACGGAACAGGAUUCCAUUGCCUUCAAGCGUUCAAAAGGAGUGAUUAGUCCGGCGUCGCAUAGCGCAUUGUCGUCUUGCAUAAUGGACAUGGGAGAUCUUUUCCUCCGGAAGACAGCAGGGUGCUCCCAUCAUGUGCAGUCACAUCAACAUGGAACAGGAUUCCAUUGCCUUCAGAGUCUGGCAUUGCACAGCGCAUUGUCGUCUCGCGUAAUGGCCAUGGGAGACCUUUUCCUGUAGAAGACAGCAGGGCUUUCCAGUCAUGCAAGCAAACAGAUUCCAUCACCCUUGGGCAUGCAAGUGAUUGUGAUCAUGAGCAGGCCAACAUCAUGUAUUUUUCGUGUUCAUCGUUAUGCAUGUGUUUGAGCAAUGCUAAUAGAAGGCAAAUAAAUGAGCAAAACUUUU